AUGAAAUUAUUGCUUCUUGUUAUCUUCUAUCUCCUUGCAACUUCUCUGUAUUUCUUUUCCCAUAAUAUCUCCUCUGUUCCUUCUCCUUCUGCCAUGGUUCUUACAGGAAGGAGAUCCUUGAGAGAACGGAGGAUGUUGCCACUCGACCAUGGAAUUGGGCACCACAAAGACAAGGUUCUUGAUGAGAACAGAAAGCAAAUGACAUUCCAAGAGCAUUUCAGAGAACAAGAGCAUGAUAGCAGAAAUGAUUUAGAGAUUGUUUACCUCAUUGACUACAAUGGUGUGACAACUCAUCCAGUCCCAACUCCAAAACAUCCGAGACCAUAGAAUCCUUCUUCUCUUUUUCUUUUAUUUUCUUCCUUCCAAGUUCCCAGCUGGAGGAAUCAAACAUACAUGUUUAGCAAUGUAUUAGAUGAUUGAUGAGUAUUAGUGCAGUUCUUCUGGUUUCUCAAUAUAUAUUUUUCUUUUUUACUGGUUGGAUUAUCAAAGAUGUCUAUGUACCUGUCAUAGUGUGACAUAAUCUUGUAAAAUUGGAAACCAAAGCGAGAAUGCAAGAGUGAUUAUGUUAAA